AUGGUGGGUGGUUGUGCUGUGCCACUGGCUCUGCGCUUCACUCCCAGGCUCUGGGACUCUUUCCCCCAAAUUUUCCAACUUCUCUCCAUCUCCAAACCUUCUGCCAGACGUCCUGAUCCUUUGAGUUGCCUUGGAGUUUUGGACUGUGCCUUCUUGCAGAUCCAGGGAUCGGUGCCAGGAGAGAAAUUCACACGUCUAUUCCGAAGAGAUUGUCUACACCCCACGAACCUAGAGAGCCCUCUGGCGGCCGUCAUUAUCCUCUUCUGCUUCUGA